UGUGUUUUUCAGUAUGCAAUACAAAGAGCAAGAAGCAAUGAAAGAAAGAAAUAGAGUAAUGAUAAGGAGUAUGUUCGCACUCCAGUAAAUCGGCAUGAAGUUUAAAGUCCUGUUCUAUUUAUGGCUGCUGGGCCUAAUAAAGCCAGGCUCCUCUGCAGAUGUCUCUGUGUCUCCGGGCUCCUCGGCUCUCCUCAACUGCUCCUUUACACUGCCGCCUCUAGUUGAUGAUUCACUCUUAAACAUCACCUGGUCCUUCGGUGGUUUAGUCAUUGCCUCAAGGAAUCACACUCAACCGGGCUUCUUCUUGAACACAACUGCUUCCUUCAUUGGCUCCUUCCCACUGACUGUUUACAAUGCCACUCCAGAUCAGCAAGGGGUGUAUGAGUGCAGGGUGAACUAUAAUGAAACCGAUUACUUCACAGAUGUGACUCUGACAAUACUUGUUCCUCCACUGGUUUCCCUCAUCUUACCUGAAGUAUUCCUGAAAAGAAAAAGUGUGUUCGAAUGUUGGGCAAGGAGCUUUAGUCCUCCACAAAUCAUGUUUACCUGGACACGAGCAGGAAACAAGAUCCAAGAACCCCAAAAGCUGCAAGUGAACCGUACAGAGGACGGGCUGUACGAUGCAGUCAGCUGGCUAACCUUGACCCCUGAAAUCUCUGACCAGAACACAAGCUUUGGCUGUAAGGUGCAACAUACAGCCCUGGUGAAACCUAUCCUUGAGGAGUUCACACCUUACAUUAUAGUUCUCCCGAUGGUCACUCUCUCAACUGUUCCCUCAUCUUCCCACUCAUCCCCACUCACCCUCUCCUGUGACAUCAGUGGAUUCUACCCUAACAACCUAUCCAUUCUAUGGAUCCAGAAUGGAAAGGUUCUUCCUGAGCUUCCCUUGUCCAUCCAGAAUGAGGAUGGAAUGUAUAUGAGACAUCAGUAUCACACCUUGAGUGUGGAGGAGAGGAGCAGAGGAGGAGAGGUGAAAUGUGUGGCCCAGCAACACAAUGUGCAAGAACCUGCCUAUGGAACCAUUGACCUUUCCACUGAUGACCCACGUGUGCAAAACCAAGGUCUGAAUAAGUCAGCCAAGGCUUCGGUAGCGAUGAUGAUCAUUUCACUCACCCUUGUUUUAUUGCUCUGCUUGGGAUUUUCUUGGAAGAGAAGGGAUGAGAAGCUGAAGUCUCUGAACAUCUCAGCGAUUGUUCUGCCACCCAGGGUGAUUGUGGGUAAGAAAGGCAGAGUCACUAUCAGUGUGGAAGGCAGGUUGGCAGAGAAGGUACAAACGACAUGGUUUCUGAAUGAUGUGCCCAUCACAGACACUUCAUACAAAGAGAAAAAAUAUGGUCCUUUUCACUCAGCAUCCUACACGCCUCGUAACUCUCGUGUGACUGUGAUGUCAGAGAAAGGCCCUCUGCUGCCCUCUACUGCCUCGGGAUAUUACAAGAUACACACACAGAUGCCGCCGCGCUCGUCCUCCAGCCUAAACAAACAACUGUUCUCCUCGGUCACAUUUAUACCCAACCUGUCCAUUCACAAGGGCGCAGUCUUCAAAUGCCACAUCUCGUAUAAGGAGAAAGACAAGAUUGUGGCCGAGAGAGUGUCCGACAAGUUUACUAUUCUAGCACCACCGGAAGUUUCAGAGAUCCAGUUCUCAGAGCCAAACGACGAAGGAGGAGUUGUGACAAUGAUAGCCCAGGCCUCUCACUUUCAUCCGGACGUCAUCACCUUCCGCUGGUUCUGUGAGGGAGGCGAGCUGAGCCCGGUGUCCGUCCCGCCAGCGCUGGCAGCUCCUCGGCCUGAUGCUGAAGGCUUCUUCUCAGCCAUGAGCCAGUGCAGGCUGCCCAAAGCAGAGCUGGAGAGAGGAGAAGCCAGGGUGUGGGUCACCGUUCACCACAUGGCCCUAAAACAACCCAUCACACGGGAAACCCGAGGAUUCAUAAAAAAGCCCACCAUUUCAGAAAUCAUCUCUCCCCUUCCAUCUGCUGAGGAGGGACCUUUGACCCUGGCCUGUGACAUAACUGGUUUCUACCCCCCUGAAAUCUCUGUUACAUGGCUGCAUCUAAAAGGGAAUGAGAUGGAGGAGGGAGAGGACAGCGAAGGGGAAAUCCGAGAGGGAGCUGAGCUUUGGGGUCCUUUGCAAACUCUGCCGAGGACAUUUCGAGCAAAAGCAUUACUUAAAGCGCUGGAUGAUACAGCGAGGGGAGCGGAGAUCGUCUGCAGAGUGGCACACUGCUCCCUCCUGAAGCCUGUUGAGAGAUUCUGGAGAAAUGCUCAUAUGGUUGCUCCCUCAAUCCCUCGUUCUUUGUCGGUUCACUGGAGCAGAGAUGGUGUGGGAAUAUUCUCUGUUCUCCUCUCUGGAGGAAAGCCUGUGGCGGAACUGCUCUGGGCGGCUGGUGGCACAACUGUCUCCAAGCUUUCGUCAAAAGAGAGAGAGAGAAAAAACAGUGAGGGGAAACUCGUGCUCAAGAGCGUUUGUGCUUUGGUGAGGACUACAGGACGACAGGAAAGUGGCAGUCGCAGAGGAGGACAUGCACGCAAAAUCAGGCCACCUAGUGUGGACCAUAAUGCAGAAUAUGAAAAGAUGAAUGAAAGCGUGGAAGGACUGAAAUCAGUGCAAGAGGACAAACAGCCUGAGCCGAAUGAGCACGUGGAAGAGAAUGAUGAGGAUGAGGACAUAGACCCAUCAUAUAUAAACACUGUGAGAUUGAGGAAAGAGAAGAGAGAGCGUCUGAGAGUUACUGUGGAGAUUAGCCAUCCUGCACUGAGCUCGCCUGCGUACCUUACCUGGACAGAGCCUGCAGAGGAAGUGUCAUCUUGACGACCAUCAAGAUUAUUUAGAAAUCUACAUCCUUCUGGACGUCCACCCAACUCUGAGCACCUGAUUCUUUAUACCUUUGCUGUUAUAUUUAUUU